CGUCGAACGUCCUGCCAUAUUCGGAUCAUCAUCGUCGACGAGCGAGAAAAGGAGCGACACGACCUCAACACGCACGCAGACACGCAGAUACCCGGCCGCACACUUUGCUCUCUCCCUCAUCUCGACGACGACGACGACGACGACGACGACUCCGCUCUCAAGAAGAGAAGAAGGCGCCCAGGCGGCACCCCCUCUUCUCCUCCUGACUGCACGCGUCCACCAAGUACCAAACCCCCUAGCUUCGCUUGCCGCCCAUCAUGGCAUCCGUUGCUGCAAAGCCGGCUCUGUCGGUUGAUACGUCACUUGCUUCCAAUCAAGGCAGGCAUCCUCGACAGGGCAAUCGUGCUGCGACUCAUGCUGCCAGAUCAGCCCAAGCCCCUCGCGACGAGCUGAGCCAGGGAGGAUUCAGCUCAGAUGACGAGCCACAGCAGCAGACGAUGACGAAACAACAACAGCAACAACAGCCUAGGCGUACUCUGGUCAGGCAGCGCUCCAACGAACCACAAGACGACUCGUCAGAUGAAGAAGGACAACAGCGCAACUACACGCAUCAUACGCCAGACGGUCGCCACGUCGAGCUCGAGGGCGAAGACGGCGAGGGCGGUCUUGUCCAGCAAGGCAUCGAUGUUGAUGAAGACGACGAUGAAGAAUACGAUGACGAGGAAGAAGACGAAGAGGAGCUCGACGACGAUGAAGACGACGAUCUUUCAUCUAGCCCCUCGAUCCCAGACGAGAACAUCGACUUCGACCUCGUAUACGCGCUUCACACUUUCGUCGCGACCGUCGAAGGUCAGGCGACGGUCAACAAGGGGAACAGUCUCACCUUGCUCGAUGACUCAAACAGCUACUGGUGGCUCGUCCGAGUCCUUCGCACGCAGGAGGUCGGAUAUAUACCUGCAGAGAACAUCGAAACUCCUUUUGAGCGACUGGCUCGCCUCAACAAGCAUAGAAAUGUUGAUCUGGCCUCGGCGACAGACGAUGACCAUAUCCAGGUGCCAUCCAAGAUCUACUCGUCACACCUUGUGAAGCGCAGGGAUGCUGCGGGGCCUGAGGGUAUGUCGGUCCACUCUGGCAAGCUGUCGGCUUUGUCGAGGAGGAGGGACGGCGCUUCGCCUCAGAACCCGUCGCCCGGUCCAGCAUCGAAGCCUUCGGUCAUCUUCGGGCCCUCUUCGUACGUUGAGCACAGCGGCGAUGAGAUGGAAUCCGAGUACGAUGAAGACAUGGAUGACGCGGGCGAGUACGAAGAAGACGACGAGGAGGGCGAGGACGAGGAAGAAGACAUGGACGAGGACGAAGUACGAGGUCAACUCGAGCAGAGCGAGCCGGAUGUAAGGAGCAGAGGUCAGGCAAGCGUACAGCAGCAGCAGCAGACUGGUCCAGGAAGCGUCGACACCGCCGCAGGUCGGAGGGAGAUGCUCGCCGGCAUGGACCCCGAUGACGGUAUGGACUGGGAUGCCAAGGAGGCGGAACGCAUUCAGAGCCAAAAGGCAGCCGCAGCUGCAGCCGCCGCUGGUGCUGCAGGUGUCGGCGCUGCUGCCCUUGCCGGCGGACGCGGCGACGCUAGUUCAGACCCUCAGCGUGGCAUUCUCAGAGGGCAGCAGGUUCAGGAGCAGGGUCGCGCGCCUGGCACAAGCUGGGAUAAUGCUCCCAUGGACGAGAGGCAGCCACGACCUUCUCGCGACCAAAGCCAGCUGGGGUCUGGGCGACCCUCGCUACAAGGCCAAUCCCAGCAACAGCAAAUUCGCGCUUCGUACGGCUCACAGCAAGACCAGCAGCAGCGCCCUUCGACCGAGCGCACCUUCUCUGGAGAGAGCCGUGACAGCGCUGUCGGCGGAUCAGACGGUGGCUUCCUCCCCUCUCAAGUGCAGCGAGACCGCACAGUCUCCGACGCGAGCAUGGCUUCCUCCUCUGGCAGCCAGGCGGGCAACUCUUACGCUGCAGGCGGCGGCCCGUACGGUCGAGGCUCCCCUACCCCCGCGCAGCUUCGCAAGGACAAGGAGCUCAGGCGCAAAUCGAAGCAGAGCUCCAUGGACGCGACGGACGACUCCUCUGCCACCAUCGACGCAGGUAAGGAGGGCAAGAAGCGCUCCGGCGUCUUCUCUGGUCUCUUCUCGCGCAACAAGGAUAAGAAAGACCGCAAGUCGGGCUCCUUCUCUUCUGCUGGAGACGAAUCUGCUAUCAUUGGACGACCGUCGGAGGAGGGAGGGCGCGCGGGUAUUCUUCGUCCGAGCAGCAACUCUGGAACCACGGGCAUGGGAAAGGGAGUGCAGGAGAGGGAUCGUCUCACGCAAGAAGCGUACCAGCGUCAGUUCCUGUCAUCAGACCGGUCAAGCCUGGAUCCGGGCCAAGGCCAGUUCAUCUCACGCCCUGGCGGUGGCAAAGCUCGACCUGGCUCGCUCAUGGCCACGCCCAAUUCCGUCCCCAUGCUUAAUGUUCUGCGCAUCUUCGCCGGCGACGACAUCGGUGCCGAUUCGACCUUCAAGACUGUCCUCCUCAACGACUCAACGUCAGCGCGCGACCUCGUUCGCCAAGCAAUGCAGCGCUUCAGACUGGGUUAUGGCGAAUUCAUUCUCAGCGUCAAGCUUCUCGAAGGCAGCGAGCGACCUUUGGGCCCUGAUGAGAAGCCAUUGCAGGUCUUCGACAGGCUCAGCGAGAUGGCGCCUGAGUCCGCCGUGAUGCCGAGCGUCAAGCGCUCCUCUGUGGGAAGCAUCUCGUCAAUCUCGUCCAAUCUGAGCCUGAACCCUGCAAUCGCGAGGGUCAAUGAAGACUUCAGUGACGACCAUGCUGUCAAAUUCUACCUCAAGCGUGCACGCUCUCCCAGCGGUCGACAAGGGGCUAGUCCGGGCAGCAUAGGUAUCCAGCCCGGCCAGAUCUGGUCCUCUUCCAAUGCCUACGCCGGCGAGUCACCCGAUCCGAGUGGCCUCCGCGCCCCAGUGAAGAUACCCGGCGGUCUCUCACCACUUGGCACUCCCCUCGAAGGACCAGAUAUGGCUCUCUCGCAGUCACCACAAGCGCGCUUCGCCCUUCGCCUUGUCAUCUUCCCGAACGACCUGCCAGAGGGUCUCUCCUUUGAUCCGCAGACCAACGCACUCAUCCCCACUACUGUACUGGCGGAGCGUGGCCCUUCUGGUGCCGCACCUGCCGAUGGAGUUGAGCAACGCUUCCGUGAAAAGGUCCUCUCGUUGCCACGCAAUGCCACAGUUGCAGAAGUGGUCGAAGCAGGGCUGGAUCGCUUCGGAAUAGCGGAUGGUCUAGUUGAGGGAGGGGACGAUGUUGAGGAGCGCACAUCACGACGUCGUAGCCGCCCUCGUGUGAGAUAUAGCCUCACGGUCGACGUGAAGCGCCAAGGGCCAGGCAAGGAGCGUCAUCUUCAGCCCAACUCGCGCGUCGUGGAGGCGUACCCUACCCCGCCCGUCUUCAAGGCUUCGUCGUCAACGAGCAACAAGCGUCGUUCCAAUGACUCAGCGAUGCUGCUUAACAUGGCCGAGGAGCAGAUACGACGCGAAGACCCUGUUUUCGUGCUGAGGGCAGUCACUGCUGCCAGCGCUAAUGGGGCAAAGGCGCCACCUGGCAAGUCGGUGAGGUCUUUGAGUCCUACGGAGGGGGUGUUGGCUGAGAGGCAGCAGCAGAGGAGACAGUCUGAGCUGGACGCGACCAAGCUGACGGGUACGGCGGGAGUAGCAGGAGUAGGCGCGGCAGGCGCAGCAGCAGUAGCGGCAACAGCCGGUGGUAUGACCAACUCGCGCAGUCGCGAAGUCAUCGCCGCACAGCGUGCUGCAGCCCAAGAGCGCAAGGCAGCCGUCCUGGGAGCACAACGCAAUGAUCAGCAAGGCGUGGACCUCUACCUCGUCAACGACGGCAAGAUCCGCUCCUCUCGCUCACUCGAGGGAGGGAGGGUGCGCUACUCUUAUCUUCCGACUGCAGGGGGCCAGGAGAUGGAUAUCAGCUCCAUCGUGGAGGAUGUGCUCACCAUUGACGCCAAGGAGCCUUCUUCAGCGGAUACGGGAGGCACCCUGACGCCUACUGCAAGUGGGCUCAGGCCGAAGAUCCCUACAAGGGGAGCAAGCGCCUCGACGCUGCAGAGCCAAUACAUGGACGCGCCUUCGUCUCCGCUGCCCGAGUCGUCGGAUCCCAUGGCCGCCACCAAGCCGAGCACUGCGACCUCAGAUCGUGACCUGCUUGAAUCGUUCGUGCGCAACCCGUCCUCGGACGAGGACACCAUAGAGGACCGGAUCAAUCAGGUUCUGUCACGAGUGACGGACGCCAAUACGAGCUCAAGCAGCAGCGCUGGUCGCCGAACACCUACGACAGCGCAGCCGUCGGGAACUGUAACAGCCCCGCCUCGCUCAGCCAUGAGACCCGGGCAGCAUCGCAAGCAAGGAUCGGGCAAUGUCGACGGCACGUCGGAUCGCUCGUAUGGUUCCGUCUAUGACAGCAGCCCUCGUUCAGCGUCGACCGCAACGGACAAGAGUGCAGCCACCACCAACCCCACGCCUAUCUCCACCCUUACGACAGCCGCGGCAGCUGGAGGAGCUGGGGCUGGCGCCUUGGCCGCAGGCACGGUAGCUGCCGCAGGAGCGGGCGCGAUCGUGGUAGGCGGUGCCGCCGCCGCAGGAGCGUCUCUCGCUGCCAACUCGAGUAACAAUGCAAGCGUAGCUGGCUCCGCCUCCUCCCCACGUCGUCGAAUGGCCAACGCCGGCCCUGCAGCCUUCAUCCCUCGCGACGACUUUGGACUCGACCAUCUCUACACUCUGGUGGACGCUGCGGCACGUCGAGACCCAAAGAAGUACGUCACCCGCGUCGUUAGUCGGUCGGCCAGUCGGGCUCAGACCUCACGCGAUAGCAGCGGGGGGGGAGGGAUCGCCUCGCGUAGUGCGAGCGGUAGUGGCGGGCCGACAGGGCCUAGUCCUCCAGCCUCGAGGCAUAACAGCGUGGUAGCGGUGACCACUUAUGCGCCGGAGCGUGAGAAACCGCGAGCUCAGGUAGCAGGCCUCUUCCCUCCGCCGAGCAACCAGAUGCCCUCGGGAUUGUUCAGGAGCGCGACGUUGGCUAUGAGUGGUGGUGAGGCUGGGGCAGGGGGGAAGGCGCAGCAGAACGCUCAGCAACAACAGCAGGUCCAUCAGGCGUAUCUGCCGCUUGAGAAGCAGCUGGACAGGAUUGAGGAUGGGCUGGAUGCCCUGCUCGAGCAGGCUUUGAGGGCAUUCUAAGCAGGCGCGAUCAGGAUGAGAUUGGGAACGCGAUGGUGAUAACAAUACGACGGUCAAAACGGAUGGCAGCGACGACGACGGCGAUGGGCUCCAAAUGAAUUCUCCCCUCUGUACUUUUCCUGCUUCUCUAUCAAUAUCGAUUCCCUCGAUUCUUCUCGACUAC